AGGAUGACUCGUAUAUUUUGCGACAGGACGUACAAGCACCGGCUCGCCUGUCGCUGCCUCAUCUCCGCUGGUAUUAAACAGUGCAUCGUGGGGGAAAAAACUAAAUAAAUCCCGUGUGUUUAUGUUACAGCCAACUGUUUAUAAUGUGAUACAAUGUUCCUGUCGUCUGAGAAUCAAACACCAGCUUUUUUGGUGAGGAGGAAGACAUCGUACUGUUGCAUAACCUUGCUGCAUUCGAAGGAGAAAACCUUGCUGUUGGAGUUCACAGCAGACAGACACUACCAGCAGCUACAUCUCAUUCCUGGGCUCCUGUAAGAGCCACUUUUUGCACCACACUCAAAUGAAGCUAACUGCCUCCACAGAAGCAGCGCUCACCGAAUACUCCUGUGCACUGUGCUGGGCUCCAGUAGCCCACCCAUGCCUGUGAUCCCCAUCCCACGGCGGGUGCGCAGCUUCCAUGGCCCCCACACCACCUGCAUGCACUCGGCCUGUGGGUCGGCGCAUGCUUCCAAGCUAGUGCGCACCAAGUACAAUAACUUUGACCUCUACCUGCGCUCACGCUGCAUGUACAGCUUUCUACGUUUCCUCCUCUACUUUGGCUGCAGUCUGCUGACCUCUCUGCUCUGGGUGGCGCUCUCUGCUCUCUUCUUCCUGCAGUACGUCAGUGUGCGCGUACUCCUGCGGCUGCAGUACAAGCUGUCUGUCAUCCUUCUUUUGUUAGGGCACAGGCGCCUGGACUUUGGGGUGCUUAAUGACCUGAUCAUCUACAGCAUGCAGAUCACCAUGUUUCUGGUGGGGGGGCUCGGCUGGUGCUUCAUGGUGUUCGUGGACAUGUAGCUGCAAUAUGAGCGACGUAGGAAAUGUAGUGUAUGAUGUGGAUGCUUCACACUGUAACUUGAGCAUUGUGUGAUGUUAUGGGACAACAUACACCUUUAGCAUGUCCUGUAGGACUGCUCUGUUAUCGCUUUCAGCUCUAGUCAAAAAGACCCUUUUGACAUCAACUCAAAAUCUUAUUGGUUUAGUUUCAGAUAUGAUAGAAUCCAAUAAGAAUCUGUGUAACAUCUAUGUGCACAGUCUUUGAAAAAUUGUUGGUCCUAUAUAACUCAGAGGGAACCACCUGGUCGCUUAAUAUAAUAAAUGAUGCAUGAAGUCAGUCUGAACAGGGGAGUUAGAGUUGAAUCAUCAUGUAGGACUCUCAAGGGACCAAUAGGGUCAAAAUAUCUAUUUUCAUGCCAUUUGUAAACCAUUUUCACAAAUUUUAAAGGGCAUCCUGACUACAAACUCAUUUGUUUACAAUAAUGGAAAAUGUGAAUGUCUAUUUUGCACGGAUCUGUGACUUAACAUAUGACUGAUGUGCAUCACGGCUGUGUGAUGCAAGACAGUCAUUUGUGCCAAAACACGAGUUGGGCUCCAGACGCAAAAGUGUACCAUGAUUCCCAUGUUGAGAUAAUUUAGAUAAUGUUGUGUGUAUAAAAAAAUAAAUAAAUACAUAAAAACACAAUAUCAUGUACAUGUGCCACAGAGACUAAGCUGAUAGAGAGUAACUUAUGGUGGAUAAAGUGACCAAAAAACAAGUGAAGUCGUCAACAGUGUGUGUGUGUGUGUCUCAUCAACAUCAACUUUUUUUGUAAAGUUAUUAAAUAAAUUUUCUGUUGAUGAAAUGUUUUCUGCUUUAAAACA